GAGAAUGUAAAUUUUUUUUCCACCGGUCGCCGGCUCGACCAAUGGCUAAACGGUUUCGCUUUGGCAACGUUGAAAUUUGACAGUACUUAAAAUAACAUAUGUCAAAUAUGUAUCAUUUAUUUGCGUUAUUUUGUUGGAGAGUUAACGAGCGCAUAUCUCGACUACGUUGUGUAUAACAACAACGUUACUGCAAUCGUAGAACCACGAUCGUUGUUGCAGCUGACGGAGACGGAAGUUUGCGGGCAGGAAAGGAGCGACGACGACGAGUGUCCUUUGCGCGGGGCCACGAAGAAGCGCGCUGGACGACAAUCAUCACCGCUGUAACAAUUGAAAGAUUUGCAAUUAGUGAAAUUGCACGAUGAUGAAAGAGUGGAAGAAAGUUAUGGAUGAAAUGUUGGCAGACGUAGAUAUGAAACCAUCGUUGGAUUCAAUCGACACGAAGCAGGUGACUGCUAAAUGGAUAAAGGAGUAUCUGGACGGAGUUCUGUCCCUGAACCAUUUCCAGGACUACUGGAAACGAUGGGUACCAAGACUGUACUCACCCACAUUGAACGAGAGCUGCCUGAAUUGGAGCUUCAACGAGGACGAUACCAAUCGCAUAAUGUUCACCCCAUUGGAGGAGUUCAUCUGCAACGGUGAUCCGGCUGUAGUACUCGCAGCGAUGACCCAGUUGGACAAACCGCCAUCUGUAUGCGGUCGCGUCUUCAAGCUUGGAGAACCCACGUACAGCUGCAGAGAGUGCGGCAUGGACAAUACGUGCGUCCUGUGCGUUAGCUGCUUCAAACAGUCGCAGCACAGGUUCCACAAAUACAAGAUGGGAACGAGCACGGGUGGCGGGUGUUGCGACUGCGGUGACAAAGAGGCAUGGAAGAAGGCGCCCUUCUGCGACAUCCACAUCGCAGGCACGAUCCGCGGGGAUGCGGACGAGGCGGCGGUCGACGACGGGGGCGGAGGCAUAGAGAGUACCACCACCACGCCCACAGCCACAGCUGCCGCCUCCGCCGACGACGCCUCCAAGGGUUUACCAGAACACAUGGCAGAAAGGACGCGGAUCGCAUUCGAUGCCGUCCUUUGGUAUGCCUACAGUCUCCUCACCUCAGAGUAUUCGGUCGAGUUCAUCUCGCGUCUCCCCGAUGAGAACAUGCAAGAGAACGACUCUUACUGCACGAUACUCUACAACGACGAAGUGCACACGUUCGAGCAGGUUAUAGGCACGAUCAAUCGUGUAAUCAAGUGCAGCCAGCGGAAUUCAAUAGAGUACGUGACGAAUAUUGAUAGGGAAGGAAGAGCGGUGGUGAAGUGUUCGGACAUUCAGCAUUGCAACGAAGUGAAAAGUCAGAUCGAGAGUAUAACUUCGAGGCACAGCAAUAAACCUCUGAAGGUGAUCGUCGUCCACUCGUACAUAGUCGCCCACCAGAUAUUCGCUAUGAAGCUGUUAUCCUGGUUGCAGGCGUUUCUAGCGCACGGUGAGGCUUUCCGAGCGAUCUUCACCGAGGUUGUGCUGCGUCCCCGAUCUGGAUAUUCAAUUCUUAAAGGAAUUAUGACUAGCGAUUCGCAGCUGUGGAAGAGCGCUAGAACCCAUUGGCAUCGUCUCCUCAUUUCAGGAAUGCUGCUUGAGUAUGAAAACAAGAAGGCGCUUGCGAAAGUCUUCACCAAGAACUACGGCAGCGUCAUGAAGGAUUACAUCAAGGACGACCACGAUCAUUCGUUCUCGAUCUCGUCUCUGGCAGUGCAGCUGUUUACCGUUCCGACACUCGCGCAUCAUUUGAUAGCCAAUGACGAUGCUCUUUUCAUAUUGCUGAAUACGUUCAUAUCCGAGUGCUCGCGUAAAUGCAAUGCCGUCGGUAAAUUGGAGUUUGAAAAGAAUGUCUCAAUUGGUAACUUCAAAAGGGCGCAGUACAUUCUGUACGAUCUUCGCUACCUUCUCUCAUCCAUUCCUGACAAAUGGACGGACGAUAUGCGACGGAGCUUCUUGCAGGGACUCUCGAUCCUCCUCAAUCUGAUCACGAUGAUGCAGGGCAUGGAUCCUGUCACCAGACAGAUAGGUCAGCAUAUGGAAUACGAACCCGAAUGGGAAUCACCCUUCAAUCUGCACAUCAAACUGGCCUACUGUAUAUCGUUGGUACUGAAGUGGUGCGGCACCGAUAAGGUCGUCCUUGUUAAGGCGUACAGACUGACCCUGAAGAAGCUGCAAGAAAAUCCAUGCUACGAUCCUAACGAGCAAAAGGAUCUCCGAGAACUCUGCAACUACAGUGUGAUGUGCCUCAACUACGACGUAUCCACUAAACCGGUGUCCAUCCAUUUAACACUCUCCAGGUUCCUGGCCGGUCUUCAUCUGCAUCUCGAGAAAUUCGAGCUGUCAUUUGACGGUCCCGAAUUCGACAUGCCAAAACCAAAUCCGGUCCAGCUCAUCGAACCCGUGCUUAGAACUCAAGUUAUGAUAUCGCAAGUACAUGCUGGAAUGUGGAGACGUAAUGGUUACGCUCUUUUGAACCAGCUAUACUUCUAUCAUAACGUGAAAUGCCGCACGGAGAUGCUGGACAGGGACGUGACUCUGCUGCAAGUUGGCGCCUCCCUCAUCGAGAGCAACGAAUUUUUGAUUCAUCUUCUCAACAAAUUUAACCUGAUCAAUUGGGCCAACUCCGGCUUCGAAUCUGUAAUAUUACGCAACAGGGAGGACGACUCCACCAGGCAGACCAUUUACUUGCUGGAGGAAUUCCUGCAACUUUUGAUCGUCAUCAUCGGCGAACGGUAUAUACCCGGUGUUAGCAACAUAACCACCGAGGACAGGAUUAAAAAGGAGAUUAUACAGCAUCUGUGCAUCAAACCACUGCCCCAUUCGGAGUUGAACAAAACGAUACCGGACGAUUUGACGCACGAAACAGGUCUCGACGAUGUGAUCGAGGAGUUGGCCGUAUUCAAAAAGCCCAACCAGACGUACGGCAAAGGUGUUUACGAACUUAAAAACAUCUUCUUCAACGAAUACAACGUAUUUUACUACCACUAUACGCGUGAGGAACUCUCCAAGUCGGAGGAGGAGCAGAGGAAAAGAAGGACCAAUGCCGGAGAACUGGAAUGUUGUCCUCCUCCGCAACUGCCCAAGUUAAAUCCUUCGUUCAACAUGAUUGUGAAUCUGCUGCAAUGCGACGUUAUGCUUUUCAUAAUGCAGACUGUGUUAACGCGCGCCAAUAAUUUACGCGCGAUGAGCUUCUCCGAACCCCAAGUGCACAAGACGCUACAUUUGAUCGGGUACGCUUUGCAGGAGGAAGAAUCCAAGAACUAUCCGUUCUUGUUGUUCAGCGAGAAAGCUGUACGCUAUAAGAUACCCUCACUCGUCGAAGAACUGCUCUCUUGUCCACGAGUGGAGGCGCACAAGGCUUUGGUAAAGUGGGUGCUGAGAAAAUUCAAGGAUGUAUUGAGGACAGACGAGUCCACGGCGUCAACGUCCAAUACCACUGAGGUAACUGAAAAGAGACCGUUGGAUAAGUCGGAUGACGAAGAGAAGGAACGGAGGGCGAAGAAGGCGGCAGAGAGACGUGCAAGGAUCAUGGCCCAAAUGACGGCCAUGCAAAAUAACUUCAUCAAGGAGAACGCACAGAUGUUCGAGGAGGCCACCUCGGAAAUGAAUCGAACAGAGACGACGAGCAGCAUCAAGAUGGACACAUCAUUGCCGAUUGACGAAGAACCAACUGCCUUAGGGCCGAACCAGAGCACCAGGUUAAAUGUGGAGAAACAGCUGGUGUGUAUAUUGUGUCAGGAGGAGCAGAUGAUCACCGCAGACGGACCGACCAUGGUUUUGGCCGCGUUCGUCCAUCAAGCUACCGUGCUCUGCCAGAAUCGAGGUUACGAAGAAAUUAUGGACGUCUCCAAACAAGAUCCUCUCUACUUGCACGCGAAUCUCGGUCCGGCGCCACACACCAGCACCUGCGGACACGUAAUGCACAGCGCCUGCUGGCAAAAGUACUUCGACAAUGUCAGACUUAAGGAACACCGCCGUCCGUACCGUCUACGUCAUCCGGCAAGCUUCGACGUAGAUAAACAAGAGUUCUUGUGUCCUCUUUGCGAGUGCCUCAGUAAUACCGUAUUGCCGCUGGUGCCGUCGCUUUCCACGAUUCAGACCAGCUACCCCAAGAACCGUAUGGCCUUUGACGACUGGCUCUUCUGCAUUCAGACGACCACCAGCAAGAAGCUGAAGGUUUGCCACGGCACCUUCAAAUGUCAGGAGGACUGCAGUAACGCCCACUGCAACGCGUGCGAAAACGCUUCGAACAGCGGCACCGAACCGGACUCACCGAUCGAUUCUGAUUCUGCCACCUGCACCAUCCAGAUGCACCAGGUCUACCAGUCCAGUUCGCACGAACAUCUGAAGCAGGAUUUCGGCGACAAAGCCGCAGAUUUCUUGGCGCUCUUCCCGCCUCAGCAUUCCGAGCUCAGUAGCAGCUUAAAAGAGAUGAUCCAGUUGUACACGCAGGUGACGUACACACGCGGCCUCAACUUGAACCCGCAUCCGUCCGAUCGUCGACUCGCCCCAAUGGCCUGGAAAUCGUGUUCAUACACCAUCCACUCCAUCGAGACCAUACUCAGAGAGUCGAAAAAACCGCUGCUAGGUUCUCUGUCGAGCAGGCAACGAGAUUGCCUCGAGAGUUUGGUGAGGAUAAUGGGCGUGCUUGGACGAACGUGGCCUAGGAGCAUCGUGAUCAGUAGUCACGGUUUGAGGUUGCUGUCGAUACUUUUGGAAGUGCCCGAUAAGGGACCCUCGAUCCUGCAAUGGGAUACCUUCGGAUUUUUGAUUCCACUCACCUUUUCACUGCCCAGUUUGUUCUCGUUGGACGAACCCGCGCCAAUCCCGACUGGCGGAACACUCGAACUGCACACACUUCGUCUCAUGUUCAUUUCGCAUAUAGUGAAGAUCCUGAUUCAGAUGGACAUGAAGGAAGUCGCAGCAACCGGAAUGGAAACAGAAGAUGAGGACGAACAAGGAAUGAACGGGGUCUUCGAUGUUCUGAAACUGAUGAGAAAGCAGGUGGAGAAUGUAUCGGGAAGGGCGGUGUGGUCACGCGUGCAAGAAGCCUGCAUACCCUUCCUGCGAUGCUGCGUUCUCUUCUACCACUUCCUCACUGAUGUGCCUGCUCCAUCCGCGUUGCUGGAGAGCGGCGGAGACACCUUCGAGACGAUGUGCGCCUACCUGGAUCUGGCGAGGGAACCAAAUCAGCUCUUCGGAUCGGCACGCGUCCUCGAGAUGGUGGAACGCUGGAUCAGGCACGAAGACGUCCAGAUGUAUCUUCUCGAUAAAACAUCCGUAUUCGCGGUGAAAGAACCGCUCAAGCUGAACCACCUGGUGGAACUGCCGCAGGACUACAGCGAACUAAUCAACACGGUGUCCUCGUUCACCUGUCCCAACAGCGAUCACGAGGACUCGAGGAAUCCAACGAUGUGUCUGGUGUGCGGUGAAGUCCUCUGCUCUCAGAGCUACUGCUGCCAGACGGAGUUGAACAAGGUCAUCAUAGGGGCGUGCAACUACCACGCGCACCGAUGCGGAGCCGGCGUGGGCAUCUUCCUCAGGGUCCGAGAAUGCGAGGUCAUGUUCCUCGCUAGUCCCCAUCGCGGCUGCUACGUGUCCCCUCCUUACCUUGACAAUUACGGCGAGACGGACCAGGGUCUUCGCCGCGGCAAUCCGCUGCACCUCUGCCAGGAGCGCUACAAGAAACUCCAAACGCAGUGGCUCAGCCACAGCAUACACGAGGAGAUCGCCAGGUAUAUCGAGUCCAGCAACAAUAUUGUACCUGCGCAAUGGCAGCAUUUAUAAAUUUACAACACGCACGUGUAUUGAAGAGUCGUAUACAAUUAUUAGACGAAUUCAGACAAAAAAAAAUACUUCUGCUACUUUCUAUAUAUAUAUACAUAUAUAUAUAUAAUUCACUUCACCUAACUACAACUACUAAUACUAACUGUUCUCUGUUUUUGAUUAUUUUUCGAAAAGAAAAAACAAAAAAAAAAACAAACAAUUGAUUAAAACAAAUUAUGACGAUUCGAAAACCGAAAUUACUUUACUCACUCACACUCUGCUCUGCUGCCGUUGUAGUUGUUGUUUUUUUUUUAUCUGCUACCCUGUAAAUUUUUGUGAUUUACAUUUAUUUUCUAAAUUAAAUGAAAUGAUUAAAUGCGUACGUACGUUUUGUACUUUCA